UCCCUCAGACACAGCAGAUCACCGAUCAACGGAAAGAGACAAAGAUGUUGGCUCGGUCAUGUGAUCAGCGGUGUCCAAUCACAGCUGAUCACUGAUCAUCGGGGCACUGAUGAUCAGUGUGUCCUGAUGAUCAGUGUAGCCCCAGCAGUGCCACCUGUCAGUGUCCAUCAAUGCCACCUGCCAGUGCCCAUCAGUGCACAUCAAUGCCACAUAUCAGUGCCCAUCUGAGCUGUCUUUCAGUGCCACCCAACAGUGCCGCCUAACAGUGCCAGUCAGUGCCGCCUAACAGUGCCAUAUAUGAGUGCUACCUUUCAGUGCCCAUCAGUGAUGCCUGUCAAUGCCCAUCAGUG